CGACCUCUUCGCCUUUAUUAUCACUACUCCAUCGGACCAAUCUCCCACUCGCAUCUCAUCUCAUCGACUCAUGGUGGUGAUCUUCCAUGGAGAAGCCUUCGCAUCAUCCUCUUCGCCAUCACCGCGCGUCGACGACGCGGCUGGAGGACAUCGAGGAAGAGCGCCCGGCGAGCAGCCUCCCCCUGGCGCUGCGGCCGCCGGAGACGCCCACGGAGGCGAUGGAGUUCCUCGCGCGCUCCUGGAGUCUCUCUGCUCUUGAGGUCUCCAAAGCGCUGACUCUGUUCGAGUCCAAGAAACCACCUUCGGAUUCGUCCGCCGCCAGGAGAGACGUGAAUCCAGUGGCAGAGAUCACAGUUGCUAGUGCCGGUGAGGUGCCCGGGAUUAGUCCCCCCAUUUCGCCAAGAGACAACAUCGAACUCAAGUUGCACAGAGGCUCGCCGAGAGGGAAGACGAUGGGCGCAUGGCUCAAGGACCAGAGGGAGAAGCGAAGGGCCGAGGCUCGAACCCGCAAAGCCCAAGCCUACGCCGCCACCUCCGUCGCCGGAGUCGCGGCUGCCGUCGCAGCUGUCGUCGCCACCGCCGUCUUCUCUCAGGAAGGAUCCAAAGCCAACGGUGACAGCCAGAUCACCGCUGCCAUUGCCUCGGCCGCGGCGCUGGUGGCGUCGCACUGCGUGGAGAUGGCGCAGACGAUGGGCGCGACUCAGGCGCAGAUCAUGACGGUCAUCCACUCGGCGGUUGGGGCGCAGAGCAGCGGAGACGUGAUGGCACUCACAGCCGGAGCUGCGACCGCCUUACGAGGAGCAGCAACGUUGAGGGCGAGGCUUUGUACAGAGAUUCAAAGUGCAGCAGCAGCAACAGGGGAGAAGGAAUUAGACAAGUGCCUCCUUCCCUUGACUUUUGUUGCUAGAGGAGGGCAGCUUGUUAAACGCACUAGAAAAGGAAUUCUUCACUGGAAGCAAGUUUCAGUAUAUACAAACUCCAAAUGGGAGGUGGUGGUGAAAACAAAGAGUACACACAUGGCUGGGACCUUCAUCAAGAAGAAGAAGAGUAUUGUGAUUGAUGUUUGCUCCAACAUACCUGCAUGGCCUGGAAGAGAAGUGGAAGAUGGAAGCAAUCAGAGGGCCUAUUUUGGGAUCAGAACUCCAGAUAGGUUAAUCGAAUUCGAAUGCAGAAAAUGUGACAAAAAGAUCUGGACUGAAGGUAUCAGACAGAUGCUCGAGUGCCAUGCCAGCAUGAACAUAGUGAAACCAAUGUAAAGAAAAGAAAAUUUGAAGUUGUAUGAUAAGAAUGGAUUUGAUAUUACUUCUAAAGACGAUCUCCAAAUCUACAUCGCCGAAUGGUAGCUGUGUUUUUGCUUGCUUCCAUGUAGGCAAAAUGACUAUGUACAUGUCCAGAUCUAUUUUGCAGGCGUUAUGUUCCCCUUGUGAUGCACCUUGAUCCUGUCCAAAAAUAGAGAUGAUGGUAAGCUGAGGAUGUGACUUAAAUGUUGACAAAGCGAAGACUCCUCGUAGUCCUACAACACAAAAGUGUUAGUGCCAAGUCGGGAAGAGGUUUCCGACGUUGGUCAUUCGACGCUCAAGUCAAUCUCUGAUGAUGUAGAAAAAUGAA